AUGAGCGACGAUUCUAAGCCCGGCCCCCCCGGAGCCUUUGGCCUCGAGGGGGAUGCCGAUACUACUAAUGAAAGUUUCGUCGAGGAAACGUCGAUCGUAUACCGCACAUACAAACGACGCUGGUUUGGGCUCAUCCAGCUGACUCUAAUGAACAUCAUGACUUCGUGGUGUUGGCUGACAUUCUCUCCCGUGUCCUCCAAAGCCGCAACCUAUUACGAUGUGCCCGAGUCAACUAUCAACUGGAUCAGCACGGCCUUCCUGUUCGCCUUCGCCCCCGUCGCCCCUAUCGCCAUCGCCGUUUUGCACAAAGGGCCCAAAGCAGCAAUGGUGAUCGCUGCCGUUCUCCUUUUGGUGGGAAACUGGGUGCGCUAUGCUGGGUCGACGCAACGAUCGGGCGGCAAUGUCGUCGCCCCUAUCGUUGGCGAGAUACUCAUCGGCUUCGCUCAAACCUUUACACUAUCGGCGCCAACACGAUACUCCGAUAUGUGGUUCACCAACCACGGCCGCAUCGCUGCGACGGCCCUGCCAAGUCUCGCCAACCCGCUCGGGGGUGCUCUGGGGCAGUUGAUCAACCCGUUCUGGGUUAAAAACCCAGGCGACAUUUCCCAGAUGGUCCUCUAUAUCUCCAUUAUUUCUACCGUCUCUGCUGUCCCGGCGUUCUUCAUCCCGGCAAGUCCACCAACGCCUCCUGGGCCGUCCGGCGAUAUUUCGAAACUCCGGCUCAGGGAAGGGCUGCGGAUCAUGGCCAAGUCGCUCGAGAUAUGGCUCGUCCUUAUUCCAUUUGUCAUCUACGUCGGGUGCUUCAACUCCAUCUCGACGCUACUCAACCAGAUAAUGGAGCCGUACGGCUUCAGCGAUGACCAAGCAGGAAUUGGUGGUGCGGCUAUGAUCAUCGUUGGCCUCGUGGCCUCGGCCAUCUCGUCGCCUAUCCUAGGCCGCACCAAGGCGUUCGUCUUAGCCAUUAGGCUGAUUUUCCCUAUUGCCGGUAUCUGCUACCUUGUGUUUAUAUGGAUGCCAGAGACAGGGUCUGUGGUCGGCCCUUAUAUUGUCCUCUCCAUUCUCGGCGCCGCCUCCUUCUCUCUUCUUCCCGUCGCCCUCGAGCUCCUCAUCGAACUGAGCCACCCACUCAGUCCAGAAGUCACAUCCACCAUUGCAUGGUCUGGCAGCCAGCUCCUCGGCGCCGUCUUGAUCAUUAUCAGUGACGCUUUCCGUGCUGGCCACGACGCCAGCCCUCCAAAGAAUAUGAAGAACGCCCUCAUAUUUCAAGCUGCGUUGGCGCUUAUUGUGGUCCCUUUGCCACUAUGUCUAGGGCUGUUUGGGCGACAGAACAAGGUCCUCUUGCGGCGCAGUAACAUAGACGAGCAGGGCCCUAGCACAGCUACUUGA